AUGAUUGGUGCACAGCUAGCUUCCUGUGGAACCGGUCUUUGGUUAGCUGAGUGGUCUGGCGACGCCAAGACCUAUUACAACAGCACAACGCCCCCGGCCAACCAGACAGAUGAGGCCACCAGCCGCCAACUGAAGCGUAUUGACUCCGUCAGCAAGUCACCUAUUUUCUCGCAGUUUUCUGAGACUCUACAGGGCGUCGACACGAUCCGAGCCUACGGUCUCGGUUCAUUGUUUGUGGACAUCAAUGCACAACGGUUGGACACUAACAACAUGGCUAUCUACGCCACUGGGAUUGCGAAUCGAUGGCUUGCCAUUCUCCUCGAAACCGUUGGUAAUGUUCUAACGGGAUUGGUUGCUUUCGCUUCGGUCGCAUCCAAGGGUCAGUUGUCAGCGGGUUUCGCCGGUCUGGUUGUGAGUUACGCCCUGAAUCUAACCCAGACCCUCAAUUGGUUAGUUCGACAGACGGCCGAGUUGGAGUCAAACAUAGUGUGCCUUGAACGCAUAAAGGAGUAUUCGGAGUUGACGCCUGAGGCUCCCUGGGAAGGAGAGGAAAAACCGGCCGUUGAUUGGCCACAAGGUGGUAUCGAAUUCGUUAAUUACGGAACGCGGUACCGACCAGAUCUGGACCUUGUGCUCAGCUCCAUUACCUGUUCCAUAAAAUCAGGCGAAAAGAUUGGCAUCGUCGGAAGAACUGGGUCUGGGAAGUCCUCGAUGGUAUUGGGUCUAUUUCGCGUACUCGAGCCGGCGACUGGGCGUAUUAUCAUUGAUGGCCUUGACAUCUCUAACCUUGGCCUUCACGACCUCAGAGGUCGAAUUACCCUCAUUCCUCAGGUUAGUGAUUGUGUUCCUGAGUUGACUCUGGAUUACUGA